CCCUAGCACAAACCAUGAACCAAAUCCUAAACCCUUACCCUAGCCCAAACCCUGAACCAAAUCCUAAACCCUUACCCUAGCCUAAACCCUGAACCAAAUCCUAAACCCUUACCCUAGCCCAAACCCUAAUUCGGGCCAUAGGAUGCACUCUUGCAACCCCAUGAGUGCUUUAGGAUCCCAAGUCUUCAGCCACCAUUCCCACAGGGAAAGAGUGAGUCUACAGUGACCCAGGACUCAAAUCCUCACAAACUCUUAGGCCCUGUAUGUGUGGCACUGUGUUCAGUGAACAUCGCUGUAAGGUCACCCUGCAUAUGCAUUCUACAGUACUGGGACCAUUAUUUCAUGAAGAACACUAUUUACACGCAUCCACACGCUUUCCGUGGUUUUUAUUUGACAGAUAAUGCAGGCAACAAGGGCACCUGGGAGCGAUUCACUGCUGUGACGAGUGACAAAGUUCAUUUUUAGCCUUUCUGCUUUACAGUGGGAACGCACAAGGAAUGGAAUUCUUGUCAUAACUGUUGUCAUGGCAAUAGCUAGAGCUGCUCCAUCAGUUCUCUCGAGCGAGCGCUCGCUGCAGAGCCAGACCUGCCAGAGCCUCACGAGGCAAGAUGGGGCCGCCGGAAUCCUGUCUAUGCAGAUAAGCUCCCGACAUAAAACUGCCCUAAUAACCAAACAGCAUUCCCAGGGUCGAGGCCGAAACGGGAAUUCCCUGGGCCGAGGCGGAAAGCCGAGCGGAAUCUCCGCGGUCCGAGGAUUCCCAGGAAUGUCGCCUCGUUUUUCACUGGCCGAGUAUCCGGCUGUCUGUGGGCAUCGGCACACGUUCAUUUUUUUUUUCUCUUUAAUCUCAAAUGUCUGAAAAAUAAAUAUCAAUCUAACGGAAAAGGAGGACAGAGGAAAGCCAAAAUGGAGGGGAAAAAAAGGAAUGAGCCACCUCACCUGAUCAUGUUGUCAUAAUAAUAAUUAUUAUUAUUAUUAUUGACCAGGGCCUAUUAAGUGUUGAAAUGUAUUUAUUUGCUCAUUUACUUUUCCCUCAUACACAGCGAACCCUGUGGUGACAACCUGCACUUUCUGCUCCAUGCAGCGCUUGACCACCAGCGAUGACCUUUUCCUGACAUGGCCACCGUGUGGUGUGUAUAAAAGCUCCGCAUCAGAAACCUGCGAGCAGCGCGUUUCAGAGCUGGGAGCGCACUCUGAUGAAUCCGCAUGCUUUGGCUUUGUUCCUUCCUGGUAAACGGAAAUGCACCACAGGCCUGCGGCACACUGCGUUAUCCAUACCGCCCUGAGCAGGUAAGGCCACAACUGCACAACGACCGACUCGUGCGCUGCACGGACAUGCGCGCGCACGCAAAGACAAAGCCGUACAAAUCCAGCGGCCGCCGCCGUCUGUUAAAGGACAGCCAUGAGCCGUCUGAAUGAGAAACAGCCAUCUGACAUCCUGACGCAUUCACCGGCCAAUGAAUCACACCAUUCUUUCUGGGAAGGCAGAUUCCAAAGCCGGCCUUAUAAUGGAUAUGGAAAUACGGAUAAGCACUUAUAUCCCACCGAAGGAUAUAGGAGUUUGAGCUGUUAAAAGCCUGGGGGUUCGAGUGAAAUCACAGUCGGAAACAAACGCAUCUUUAUGACGGAGAAACGGGAGAGGCACAAAACGGCCAUUGUUCAUCUUUAAGGCUGCCGAGACGAUCGGAGACCGAUAAGCCGGCAAAUAUUAGAACAAGUCCGGGCGCAAAUUACUUCAGUUCCUUCAACCGUAGAGCACACCGACGGGAAAACAAGAAUUCAGUUACAAACUUUUAAAUUAUCUCUAACUAAAACCGCCCAAAAACACCAUGGAGCACAGCUCUUGUAUUUUCAAAAAAAAAAAAAAAAAAAACUUGAAUAAUUCAUCAGAUUGCUUUCUUUUUAUCGCACGUCAUUAACACUGGUCUAUAACUCAUUUGUGAAUCAUCCUCCAGAUAAGAGCAGCUAACAAGUGGCUUCUCACAGUGAAUGCAUAAUGGUCAGAAAAUUGCACAGGAUGUAGCAACAGUGAUCUUUAAACCGUAUUAGUCAUGUAUCAGUAUCUGUUGUAUUGUGAAACAACUGAAUUUCAGACCAGCCAUCUAGGCCAAGUUGUGGGCGACAAAAUGGUAUUGCAUUUCGCCCCGGUUAGCUUAUGUGCCAUUAAAAUUAACCUGCUUUUGUGGGUGGCUUGACAGAAAUGAACCUGCAAUGAUCGUUUCACUGUGGCAACCUGGGAAACUGAACAAAACAAUCCAAAGUGAGUUCAGAAGUUCUGCAUUGUUCACUUGGAGGGCGUCCUGUCUCCGUAUCUCUGGUCCAUAUGAAAACACAGACAAGUUCUUCAGUCAUUCGGCUUCUUCGUAGACAGACAACCGUCCACCCACCCAUCCGUCCCCCCUCCAGGCAAGAGAACACAUGCUGCCACACGCAAGCCUCAUGUUUUAAGGAACACAUUUAUGAAGCAGCACUCAAGACAGCGCUGGACUGUGCAAAACAAGAUUAGCAGUGAAUCAGACAGUGGGUCCUGAAGACAGAAAACAGAGGCAGAUGGGUCGUUGGAUGGGUUUACAGACAUGCAGACGCUUAUACUGUUAGUCAGAUAUUCCUGCAUUAUGAAACAUGGCAUCUUAUUGAAUCUUAAUAAUCUAACAAUUUCACCCUCUUCUUUCUCUCAUAAACUCUUGGUCUUAAUGACAGCGCAAACACAAACGGCCAGUGGAGGAAUCCCUGUUGUGAUAUUAAAAUUCCGACAAAUAUGCUCUUAUUUCUGUCCAAUAUUUCUAAAGACAAAAUUCACCGUCUAGAUAAUAUCCAGUGAAAUGAUCAUCACGCGAUCGAAUCGUGCACCUUCACGAGUGACUGACACGCGGCACAGUUGUACAAACGGUUAAAAAGGAGGAGUCAGUUCACAAAGCUUGGAACUCCUGUCCAGCUACACGCACGACAACGCCACCCGCUCGUGAUCACGGCUCUCUUCUCUACAGACGCGUACGAUUUGAAGUUUACGCACAACAGGAACGGGAACGCGAACGGACGGUCGUGCUGCUCGACAGUUCGGAGUGAUGGAUACGCGUCACUGGAAAGAAAACGACGAGACGCGACGGCGAUUCCCUUGAAAAUGUGUCCAAAGUAUACAGCUUAUACUGACAAACGGAUCGAGACGGCAGAUGGAAGGGUUUGACAGACCCUCGACCUAACCGUGUAAACAGACGCCUAUGGCAAUGAAUAUGGAUCGCAGCGUCUUCACAACAUAAUCAAAGGAUCUACAUGCGUUAUCUGACAAAUCCCGUCGGGACACGCGUGGCAUGAAAAGGGAGACCCGCGGGCAGGAAGCGCGGGAGUAGCGGGGGUCAGAGGUCGGAGGACGGCGAGGGCGCGCGGAUGGUGUUGGCGGGACGCCUGCUGGUUUCGGGAGCGCGGAGCGCGGAGGACGGCUCUGCCCGGCCACGCCCGGGCGGGGCAGCAUGGUGAUGUCGCAGGGCACCUACACCUUCCUGGCGUGCUUCGCGGGUUUCUGGCUGGUGUGGGCGCUGGUCGUCAUGCUCUGCUGCUUCUGCAGCUCCCUGCAGCGGCGCCUCAAACGCAGGCGCCAGGCCCGGGUUCGAGAGCACUGCCUGCGCACGCUGGAGACCGAGCCCCUGGAGUGCCGCGGGUACCCCGCCAGGGACUACCCCGCCGGAGACUACCCCCCAAGAGACUACCCCCACAGGGACUACCCCGCCGGAGAGUACCCCCCAAGAGACUACCGCCCCAGAGAGUAUACCACCGGAGACCACCCCCCCAGAGACUACCCCCACAGGGACUACCCCCUUGGAGAGUACCCCCCAAGAGACUACCCCCCCAGAGAGCCGCCCCCCCACUUCUGCCCCCCACACACCCUGCCCCCACACCUGCCCCCCAGCACCUGGACCAGCACUCAAGAAACGGAUGCUUUUGGACAGCCCCCCUGCUACGAGGAGGCCGUGCUGAUGGAGGACCCCCCCCCACCGUACAGCGAGGUCCUGGCUGACCCCAGGACUGGGACGUACACCAAGCCCGCGUCCGGGACGUCCCGCAAACAGGCGGACACAAAGACGAGCAAGGCGGGGCCGGAGGCGGGGCUGGAGGCGGGGCCGGAGGCGGGGCUUCCCGAGCGCCCGUUCUCCUCGCUGAUCCGGCUCCCUGUGGACGAGCACUGGGACUCGCUGGGGCGGCUGCUGUCCGCCAUGGACCUGAAUCGAAACAACCUGCCCCCCGCCCCCAGCCACGCCCCCGCCCUCGCCCACGUGCACCUGCCCCGGGGGGGCCGGACGAACUCGGAGCUGCGGCUGGAGCACACCUGCACCCUCCCCACCGCCUUCCCCCUUUUCGGCAGGAGCACGGCCGUGUGAGCCCAUGGGCGGGGCAGCAAGGGGCGGGGCAACAAAUGGACGGGGCAACAAGGGGCGGGGCACCAGGACUGAGCCCCUUCCACCACCGUCUCUGAGGGAAAGCCCUUUUUCCUCCUCUUAAAUUUGUCACCCACUUCCUACAGCAGAGGGAGGGUCGUGCUGUGGGGGGGCGGGGGGCAGACAUGGGCAUAGUUUAGGGGAAGUAGAAACUGCAGGGGCGGAGCCUCUUUGUUGCCAGGGCUACAACAGCCCCUCAUAAGGACAGCGACUGCAGCCUGACGUAGUGACGCCAUUUUGAGUUUACUGGGGAACCGUUUCCAUGGCGCCAGGAGCACAUGACCCCAGACGCCCCCCUCUCCCCCACCUCCUCUCCACAUCUUGUGCGCGUUUCUCUUGUCUGAUAGAAAUAUAGCACAGAAAUAAAACUGCAAUGCUGUCUUUGUAAACUGUAGUUAUAGCAAAAAAAGAAGUUAAAAUAAAGUGAAAUAUUCAAAUAUCUCCUAAAGCAAUUACUUCAUGCUGCUCUUUCAUUCAGACGCUCCAAACUGAAUGAUAAAACUUAAUUGCUACAUUAUUUUGUAUAGGUAAAUAUGUAAUUAUAAAAACGGUAUGGGACUUUAUCCCAUAAACACGUUUUUUUUUCCUGUGAAAGGUUGUUUGAAAGUAAUUUCCUGCUGUUGAAGAGAGUCGGGAAGUUUGUGAGGAAAAGCAUGUUCAGUGACUGCUGUCUGUUAGCCUGUCGGCUCUGUGACAGGCAGAGCGCAUUAUUCCUGAGCUCCAUGUGACAUGGGCGGGGGGGGGUGGGGGCGGACCCCUCUCCUGUGGUUAGAACAGCAGAGUUUAAAUAAUGCACAUACCACUGCUCACGGAUUUCCCCUCAUUCUCCUUUUCCAUUUCUAUUCAUUUCUUACGCUUUCUCCCGCCUCCAUUUUGUUUUCCUGUCCCUCGAGCGUUCCUUUAAGUCAUGAAAUGCUCAAUGCUACGUUCAGGCAUGCUAAGAUCCUCUCUUAAAAGGCUGCGGGGAAAAAAAUCAUUUUUGUUGUCCAUGGAAAAAAAAUGGAAUCAUUCCCGUUUUCGUUUGUCAUUUCGUUUCUGAGUGGCCUUCCGUUUAAUCAGGAAAACACCUGAAAAAGUCCUGAUCACAGAGAGCAACGAGCAGGAAUCAAAGCACGCAACAGAUUCAUCAUCCUCUCUCACAUACAGCCGGUGAAGGGUUAAUGGAGGUUUAUGUUCAGUACAGUGAGCAUUUCCUUGGCUGAAAGGUUAUUUCAGUCCUCAGUAUUGAUUUUAGUUUAAAAUAACCCUGAUUCUUUCCCCUUCACCGUACUUUUGAGAUAAACAGUUUGAUAUCCAGCUUUAUUUAGUGUCAGUUAUCUUUUCACAAAGGCCCAGAAGCAUUUUGCUGGAAAGUGGCUCUCUCUUCAAACUGCAGAGCUGGGUUAAAUUACACUGCCGUCUGCACUGAAGGAUGCAUUAAUGAGGUGCUUACCUACACAAUCAUACCUGUUUUUAGCAGGGAAAAAAAAACUUUUUGUCAGAAAAAAAUGUAUUAUUAUUAUUAUUUAUUUAUUUUUUUUUUUUAAGUAUUAGCUUUAGACAAUCAUUUCAUUGAUAAGGAAAAAUUUGUCCAAUUUGAAAUGUUCUUUUGGAGGGCUGUCAGGCUCAGACAGUUUUCUUAUUUUAUUUUUAACGAUGACUAUCCAUGGAUAUGCACUGCAGAAGCGUUGAUGAAACUGAGUGUUUAAAAUCGAGGGUGCUACUCCUCGCCUUUUAUUGAUUGAUUCGUAUUAAUUUAAGGUGGAGUAUGAGGAAGUGUUUGGGUUGGACACAUUCCUGUCAGCCGAGUAGGCUAUUUAUAAUGUAAGAUUCUGCUUUAUGAAUAAUGCAAGUCAUAUUCACGGUGGGCAUCGGGGAAAAUACUUCAUAUUCAGAGUGUACGUGAGAUUAAUUUGCUCUGUAAUCGAGCUGAUAACCCGUGCAGUCUUUUCUAUCUGCUGGACUGCCUCUGAAUUUGUACGGCAUUCUCUGUUUGUUUUGGGUCCAGUCUGUUUGAAGCUCCUGAGGAACAGACAGUGAUGUCAUCCUGUUGUGUUGCCGUGCUGCUAGGCAACCCAGUGACAGCAGUCCAAUACCGUUUACCUGUUGUGCAGCCGUGGACUUCUUUGUUAAAUAUUUGCAUAUGUUUGGAGGUGGGAAUUUCUGUCCGUUUUUUAUUUUUAUUUUAUUCAUGUAAUGGUUAUUAAUGAUUUAUUUUUUGAGCAAAGGACCGAUGGACUGAACUGCAGGUCUGUCAAAGAGGGCGUGGCUGCAGAUCGGCAGGUUUAUCCAAAAAGGCCAAUUCGCACAAAGUCAUCCUGCCCAUGGAUGUGAUGUGUCCUUAACCCCAACGAGCUGACCCCACCCUGAAUAUGUCAACCGAUGUCUGAUACUCAAGGUAGUCUCAUCAGGCAGAGCAAAGAUAAGACAGAUGGGGUGUGCGGUCCAUUGACAGGAUUUGGAUGUGACUGCUUUUCGGACAGGCCUGCAUCCCACAUCUGCAGCCUGAACCUACGGGGUCCGCCCUAAAAUACAGAGGAGCGUACGCUUCAUCUGGAUGCGACCCAACUUUAAAAAUGUUCAGCAGGGUUUGAAACAAAAACAGACUGCCUUUAUAAUUGCAAGGAAGACUUAAACUGAAGUUUAAUUUCUGUUUUAAUUUUUUUAUAUUUCUUUUUAAAAAAACAUAUUUUCAGUUUUAGUGUAUGUUCUCAGGAGGAUAUCUUUUUAAAUGUCCUUCUUUGCACACAAAUGCUGCCUGGACCAAUCAAAAACAUACACUAAAAAUGAAAUAAAAUAUUUAAAG